AUCAACCCGCAAUCGAAAGGCUUAUCUUUGAGUUGCGCUUCGCAAUGUUUUCGCUAUAUCUUGGUCUACGGCUCGUUGUGAUUGGUGUGCUGCUGGACAUGCUGCUAACAUCUGCCAGCGGUAAAGAACACAACUACAUUUUCGAUGCGUCCGAGCUCGACUGUUCCGGCAAUAUGACGUACGGUCCGAUCACACUCACCGCCUACCAUCCGCUGUACGACUCGGACCGGAAGCGCGACUAUCUGGACGCUCAGAAUCGGAAGCUGUACACGCUGCAGGAGUAUCUGGACAAUCGGGCACCGUACGUGACGGUCGGUAUGGAUCCGGAUCUCCGGCUACCGUACGGCAAAGAGGCAUGUAUACCCGAGCUAAAUCGUCAUUUCCGGCGUGCCGUCCGGCUGCAGGUGCGUGACACACAUGAGGAUCUGCGUGGUGGCGGUUACCGACGGGUGGAUAUCUGCGUACGCACACAGGAAGACAGUUAUGACGAUAUCGUUAAUCUGCUGCAAGUAUCGCUGGUACUGUGAGGCUGAUGGAUGGGCAGUCCGUACAGUGGCAAAGUAAACCUAUCAAUGCAAGGAAUCCACCUAGGCUAUGUUACCUCCUACUCCCUUAAUAACUAGACUUUGGUAAACAAUAAUAAAAAAAAACGGAAUACUU